GGGUGCAGCAAAAUCGACGGACUCCAAUUCUCCUGACGUGUCGUUCCUUCGGUCUCCCUCAAUGUUCUGAAAUUCCAGUCUGCUUCGUAGAUUUCACGUAGUUGAGGUUGCACAAGUGGAGCUCACCGACGAACGAACUCGACUGAGAGAAGAUGUACUCAUUAUGGACGCGGCUCCACGCAAUUUUCGCGUUCACCCUCAGUUCACUGACGGCAAUGACUUUCUUGUUUUUCCUAUCGACCGCCUUCCACCAGUAUACAACCGAUGUCAAACUGGGAACCGGGAAAGUUGUUGUGAAAAGUGUUCCGGAUUAUACAGUUUCACGCGAUGAAUUGGAUCUCGGAGUGAUUACCUUCGACAUCGACGCUAACCUCACCGAUCUCUUCAACUGGAAUGUGAAAGAACUUUUCGUUUACCUCGCUGCCGAGUAUCAAACCAAAGACAACCAGAUCAACCAGGUUGUCUUAUGGGACAAAAUUAUUCAGCGAGGGCAGUCCGGAAUCGUCAGCGCAAAGAACGUCCACAGUAAAUACUAUUUCUGGGACGAUGGUCGAGGUUUGCGCCAGACUCCGGUGAAACUUUCAUUGAAUUGGAACGUCAUCCCAAAUGCAGGACUCCUGCCGAAUUUCGCAGGGCAAGGCGAACACACGUUCAUAUUCCCCGCAGAGUACGCUAAAGGCGCCCGAGCGUGAUGAUGUGUAUAUAUUGAGUGAAUUAGGGAUACUGUCAACAUAUUGGUAUUAUAUUUAGAACGGAAACACGCAGCUCGAGGAGAGGUUUAUGUUUUCGACGUUGAAUAAAUUUCCACCGGAGGAGUUUGUAAGAAAAAA